AUGAACUAUUUAUCAGUAAAUUCUAGAGGGAUUGGGAAUGUUGGUAAAGUUUCUUGGUUAAAGGGGAUGGUUGGAAAAUAUAAUGUUGAUUUUUUGGCAAUACAAGAGUCCAUGUUAAUAGACGGCAAGGUUUUUGAUUUCUCUAAAAUUUGGGGCAAUAAGGAUUUUGGGGUGGAAGCGGUUGGGUCUACAGGGAAGUCGGGAGGAUUGAUUAGUAUAUGGAACCCGAAAAAAUUUUGUAAGGUGUCGUUGGUUUGUGAUAGGAAUUUUCUAAUUACUUCGGGGACUUUAGUGGAGGAUGGGUUGGUGAUCAAUAUGGUUAAUAUUUAUGCGCCUCAGAAGGUAGGUGAAAAAAGACAGUUAUGGGACCGCUUGAAGGUCUUGAUGCAGGGUACUUUGGGUAUGUGGAUUAUUCUUGGGGAUGUUAACACUGUUAGAUGGAAGGAUGAACGAAGAAAUUCUAAGUUUAAUAGUGUUAUGGCGAAGAAUUUUAAUAUGUUUAUUGAUGAUGUAAGUUUACAGGAGUAUAAGAUGAGUGGGAACAAGUUUACUUUUCUGGCAGGUUCAGGAGAUGCUGUGAAGUUGAGCAAAAUUGAUCAGAAGGCGGUGAUUGACGCGUUUAAUAAUUUCAAGUUUGAGGGUCCUUCGGAUAUUAAAAUUCAAAAGAAAUUGAGUUUGGAGGAAAGGGAUUUGGAGGAGGAAGAGUUGUGGGUUUGGGAGGAGAGUAAAAAGGAGGUGGAGAGGUUAUUAUAUUUUAAAAAUAAAGAUUUGCAUCAAAAGUCUCGGGUGAAGUGGGCCUCUAUGGGGGAUGAUAAUUCCGCUUUUUUCCAUCGAUGUAUUAAUGGGAGAAAGGCGGCUAAUGUUAUUCCGGGUUUAAUAGUAGAUGGGUCGUGGGUCUCUCGUCCUUCUCUUGUUAAAAAGGAGGUGCCUAGUGAGAUGAUUAAAGAUUUAGUGGCCCCGUUUUCAAAGGAAGAAAUUAAGGAAGCAGCUUUUGACUGUGGUUCAGAUAGAGCGCCAGGUCCGGAUGGUUUCAACUUCAGUACCUCAUUCAUUACGUUGAUUGCGAAGACCAAAACUCCUGUGGGGUUGAAGGAUUACAGACCGAUUAAUUUAGUUGGGGUGGUUAGUAAACUCAUUUCUAAAGUUAUCGCUAGCAGAAUUAAGAAGAUAAUUGGGGAUAUUAUUUCAGAGUCUCAAUCCGCUUUUCUUAAGGAAAGGUUUAUUUUGGAUGGCCCGCUUGUUCUAAAUGAGCUGAUUAGCUGGGUAAAAAAGAAUGGUAAACAAUCUUUCCUCUUGAAAAUUGACUUUGAAAAGGCUUACGAUAAUGUGAGUUGGGAGUUUUUAUUAUCCGUUUUAGAUCAAAUGGGUUUUCCUUCGAGGUGGGGCCUUUGGAUUAAAGGUAUUUUACAGUCGGCUAGGUCUGCGGUUUUGGUUAACGGGUCCCCUACGCUUGAGUUCCAAUGUUAA